AAAAUGUCUACAAGAAGUGGUGGUCCAGAGGUCUAUACCGGUAGUCAACUAUUUAAGUCACUGUCCAUUAGUACAGGUCUUCCAUUGGAUCAGAUCAACUUUCUGUUAGCCCAGUUGUCUGGUCUAGUAUUUGCCAUUGUUUUUCGCAAAUAUCUAUCCUAUACCCGGGUAUCGGUGGCCACCCGACAGUAUGUUUGCCUGAUUUUCGGCGCUAUAAUCGGCUAUUUUUGUUUCGGACAGCAAAUAUACAAUCUAUUAAUAUUGACAACACUGUCAUACAUUGCUAUACUAACCUGUAGUCCAAAUGUUGUCCAACGGGUUGUCCUAUUUGUGGCGCUCAUGUAUUUGUCUUAUUUGCAUUUGUUGCGGCUGUUCCACGAUUACGGCGGCUAUACUAUCGAUAUCACUGGGCCAAUCAUGAUUGCCGUCCAAAAGGUUACAAACGUUGGAUUCAGUCUUCACGAUGGACUCAAUAAAUCAGAUGAAGAGUUAACUGACGAUCAAAAACGUUACGCCAUUCGUCGGAAACCGACAUUUCUCGAGUAUUACAGUUAUGUAUUUCAAUUUCAUACGCUAAUGUGCGGACCGUUAGUUUUCUACAACGAUUACAUUGAUUUCAUAACCGGCCAAAACUAUGAACGCCAUCGACAUCGACAACAUCACCAUCACAUCAUCGACAACACUAGUGGUGACAAACAAUUACUAAUACAAGAGUCUCCUAAUAAUCAUAAUACUAAUAAUAAACAAUUUCCAUCACCAUUGGUGCCGGCUAUUAGAAAGCUAACUGUUAGCCUAACGUUUGCGGUACUAUUGCUCACAAUUGCACCCAUGUUUCCCAUUACAUACUUAGCAGACAACAAAUUUUUGGAUGAAACACCGUUUCUCACAAAACUAGUUUAUAUAUUAUGCGCCACUUGUGUGGCCCGAUUCAAGUACUAUCACGCCUGGAUACUCGGCGAAGUUAUAUGUCUGGCCAGUGGUCUAGGGUUUGCCGGUUAUGACACUACCGACACCACCGACAACACCACCGACAACAGUGACGGCCGUCGACCCGAUUGGGAACUGAUGUCGAAUAUCGAUAUUUUCGGCUUCGAGAAUGCCCUAAACUUUCGGACAUCGUUGACCGCUUGGAAUAAAACCACACAACUAUGGUUGAGGAGGACAGCCUACGAUCGCAACCGGGGGCCAUUACGCCUACUACUAACCUAUGUGCUAUCGGCACUGUGGCACGGUUUCUAUCCGGGUUACUAUCUGACCUUUUUAGGCGGGGCAUUUUUUACUAUGGCCGCCCGCAAUGUUCGCCGUCUAGUUAGGCCACACUUUCACCGACAACAUCAUGAGGACAGCCGUUAUCGACCAGUGCUGGCCAUUGUCUACGAUUGUCUAACCUAUUUGACUACUCGUAUAGUAAUGGCUUAUCUAGUAUUUCCGUUUGUCCUGUUAGAGUUUAGGGCCUGUUAUGAGGUAUAUAAACGGCUAUAUUUUUUCGGUCAUUUACUCGGACUGUUCGCCAUAGUAGUACUGCCGACUAUAGUGUCGGCACCUCCUAAACUACCGACUACUCCUACUAAAGCUAACUGUGCGUCCAAUGGUAAUAAUGUUAAUAGCAUUUACAAUAACCAUAAUAAUAGUAACAAAAAACAUUUACCGGUUAUAGACGAUAGACAUAAAAAAUUUGAUUAACAUUUAUAUAUAUAUAUAUAUC